AUGGGAAGCAAUGAAGGGUAUGGAGCAGAGAGGUAUGCGGUGGUUUCAGGAGCCAACAAGGGCAUUGGAUCUGAGGUGGUGCGGCAACUUGCUGCAAGUCAAGGGGUGGUGGUGGUUUUGACGGCUAGGGAUGAGAAAAGGGGAAGAGAUGCCACGUCACAGCUCCAUCACUUGGGUUUCUCAAAUGUGCUCUUCCAUCAGCUUGAUGUUUUGGACCCUUUUAGCAUCCAGUCUUUGGCCAACUUCAUAGACAACAGAUUUGGCAGGCUUGAUAUCCUGGUUAAUAAUGCUGGAGCCAGUGGAGCAGUGGUUGAUGAGGAAGCUUUAAAAUCCCUAAACAUUGAUCCCACAACUUGGCUUUCAGGCAAAGCGGUCAACAAAAUUCAAGGUGCAAUAAAAUUCACUUAUGAGAAGGCUGAAGAAUGCUUGAACACAAAUUACUAUGGUGCUAAAAGACUAACUGAGGCUCUUCUCCCACUCUUGCAACUGUCCCCUCGUGGAGGAAGGAUUGUGAAUGUCUCCUCUCUAAGGAGUGAACUUAAGAGGAUACCAAGUGAGGAAAUAAGAAAUGAGCUUGGGGAUGUGGAAACCUUGACAGUGGAGAAAGUAGAUGCACUUUUGACAAAGUUUCUUGUUGAUUUUAAACAAAAUGCACUUGAAGCCAAUGGAUGGACACUGAUGCUGCCUGCAUACAGCAUUUCCAAGGCCACCCUCAAUGCCUACACAAGAAUCCUUGCCAAAAAGUAUCCAAAGAUGUAUAUCAACUGUGUGCAUCCAGGCUUUGUUAAUACAGAUAUCAAUUGGCAUACAGGAACAAUGACUCUGGAAGAAGGGGCUGCAGGUCCAGUCAAGUUGGCUCUUCUACCAAAUGGAGGCCCUACAGGCUGCUAUUUUGAUCAAACUGAAGUUGCAGACUUUUAG